UCAACUCACGUGUUUUAGACAUUUUCCCUCUCUUUACUUUUAAUAUAGAAUCUGUCUUAAAAUGUGCUUUCAGUUUUAAAAGUUUGAAACAAAGACAUUUUCAUGAAAUAUGAUUUAUUAACCUGGUAAUAAAUGUAUAUUGUUUUUCACGUAUGCGUGCUAAAAUGCAUACCCAGAAGGAUUAUACUGCUUAAAAAGAAUUACCCAACAAUUAUGCGAGGACAAAUAGUCCUGAUCCAGUUUACAAUGCUCGCAGAUAUGUGAUGAGUUUAUGCGAAGUGUGAGAAUUCACAACAUGUUCUUUUCUGCAGAUAUGCAAGUUAACCUGCAAGACGGUUGCUCCACAAAUCAGCAGAACAAAAAUGUAGUCGACUGGUGAAUAGCUACAGAACUAUAAGUGGAAAAAUUAUUGAAAUGUACACCGGUGUUGUGUCGAGAUCUGUCCCCCAUCGAGAACAUCAUCUGCUUAGAUUUCUAAUAAUCGAGUUCAGCUGUUUGAUCUGUUCAAGCCUUUGCCAAUCACAUUUUUGAGGUAUAAAUAAAAAUACCAGGAUAUGUAUUUCAUGAAGUAAGGAAUCAGUUAUAUGUAGUAGCUACUUGUGAAAUGUCUCAAUUCAUUUUCAAGGAAAAUCUAAUUUAAUGGCAAUAUUUAGUUUUCAGGAUUGUUUCCCCUGGCAGAAAUAAAAAAGGUCACAAGGAAUAAGUCACGUGACAAGAAACAACCAAUCAGCUCUCGGACUCUCGUUUCGACUUGUUUGUCGUCUGCUGGCUUUUUGUUCACGGUUGCGUUGUUGUGAGGAAGGACUCCGUUUAGCGUCCACACAGAUCAUGGAGGUGGAUGGAGUCCUCGCACAAAGCACUUUGGGAUGGAGCACGCCAGGAAACUUUACAUCCUUGUGUCCUAAUGGGUCCAAAUGGGUUUGGGAGGGCCUUGGGGAAUGUGCCCGGGAUGGGCGGGACAGGGCCAGUGUCUACCUUGGUCUCCUUUCCAUUGUCUGUUUCAUGGUGUCCUCUCUUCCACAGUAUUACAGCUCGUGUAAGUCGGGCAACAUGGACAGCGCCCUUUCCAUUUGGUUUCUGCUGCUGUGGCUGGCAGGGGAUUCCUGUAAUCUGGUGGGCUCCUAUUUGGCAGACCAACUUCCAAUUCAGGUGACUGAGGACACUGAUUGCCUGAGUCCAAAGUCUGUUUUACACAAGAGUCUAUACAUUUCCAAAGCAGCAGUCAAUGAUUUCAGAUUGUGCUUGUUUAUUCUUGUUAUCCAGCGAUAUACUGCAAUUUAUUAUGUCGUGGCCGAUUUGGUAAUGUUGGGCAUGUACUCGUACUACAAGUUCAGACACAAAAGGUCUCAAAGCAGAACGGUUUUGCAUGUGCUCAGCUUAUCCUGUGUCCUGAGUCUUACUGCAAGCCUUGCUCGUUUCUCGGGGUUGGAGCAUCAACCUGAAACAAUUUCCUCUGGGUUCAGAAGUCGCUCCUUGCUCUCAGCCACGGAUAAUGACUCCAUCAAGGCUUUUACCACCAAAGAGAUUAUUGGUUUCACCAUCGGAUCUCUGUCAUCAGUCCUCUACCUCUGCUCCAGACUUCCUCAAAUGUACACCAACUUUAAGAGGAAGUCUACAGAAGGAGUGUCCUACUUCUUGUUUGCACUCGUCAUCCUGGGGAACACCACAUACGGUCUGAGUGUCCUGCUAAAGAACCCCGACUCGGGCCAGGGAGAGAGCAGUUACCUGGUGCAUCACUUACCCUGGCUCAUCGGCAGCCUUGGCACCCUCUCUCUAGACCUCAUUAUAUCCGUACAGUUCCUGAUUUACCGCAACGCUCCGGUUUGGAACGUGAACGGUGGCAUUACAGCUGAAGAAACGGCGCCUCUGAUUGGGAGUUGAACUCCAAAAGUUCUGGAGGAGCUCGAGUAAAAACUCACCCUCAGUUCCAAAACACUUUCUCAACUCAUAGCCUUUUCAUCAGUAAAAAUGCAGUAAUUUAUUUUGUUUUUUGUCACUUUUAAUUCAAAAUUACAUUAAGUGCCAAAAGGAUUUUAAACAGUUUUUUAUUAAACUUGUGCAAUAAAAAACAUUUUCACACUUAUUUCCUUUUUUAAAAUAGAAACAAAUUUGUGGUCAUUUUUGAUUGCACUUCGUGUUGUUAGUUACUUUGAGUGGAUUUUUGCUGCUUUGUUUUAAUUUGUAUUGUCCGCUUUUUGCACGAUUUAAUGCAAAAGUCGGUUUUGUACUUUAGGUGAUGUUAAACAUAUCCAUUCAGUCAGUGUACUGUAAACAAAUAAACAAAUGAACAUUUUUCA